AUGGCUGUAUCUAACUAUGAAACCCAGCGACCACUGCGACAUGUGGUCCGUGACCUGUUAGCACCCGAGCUUGACAUCGCAACCAAGUCAGCCGAUUAUUUUACCGGCAAACGCGUGCUGCUGCGAGUUGAUUUUAACGUGCCAGUGGACGAUGCCACAGGCAUCGUGACAGACUCCUCGCGCAUCAAAGCCGUUUUACCCACCAUCAAGCUCCUUUUGCAACGUGGCUCGCGACUCAUCCUCGCUAGCCACUUCGGCCGACCAGAACCCAAAAAACAGACCCGUCAGCAAAUGGCAGCGCUGUACAGCCUCCGGCCGGUUGCGGCGCUGCUCCAAGAGGAGCUUGGUUCCGGAGCCUUCCGAGGCUUAGCGGCUGACUGCAUAGGGCCCGAUGCGGAAGCAGCAGUUGGGGGACUCCAACCAGGCCAAGUGCGAGCAGUCCUUUUGGAGAACACUCGCUUCCACGCGGGGGAUACCGCAAACUCGCAGGACUUUGCCCGGGCGCUCGCUGCACUGUGUGACGUGUUCGUGAACGAUGCCUUUGGUGUCGUACACCGGGACCAGGGUAGCGUCACGGGCAUCACAUCAUUCGUACCAGAGCGCUAUCCCGGGCCCCUCAUUCGGCGUGAGCUGGCCGAGCUGGCGGACCGAUUGUACGACCCCGUACGACCCUUAGGUGUUGUGUUGGGGGGAGCUAAGGUGGCGGAUAAAAUCGGUGUGGUGGCUGCUCUCGUGGAGGUGGCGGAUGUGGUGGCGGUGGGGGGCCGUAUGGCCUUUACUCUUCUGGCGGCUACCGGGGUGUCCGUGGGGUCCACACAGAUCGAGGAGGACUGGCUGGAGCCCUGCCGGCACAUGAUGUCCCGGGCAGCUGAGCGGGGCACGCGACUGCUCCUGCCAAGCGACGUACUGUGGUCCUCAUCCCUGGAGCGACCUGAGCACCUGGAUACGACAGGAGUGACGCCACUAACCCUGGACUGCUGUCGAUACGGAGUCGAUAUCGGCCCCGAGACCAUGGAUACGUUUCGGCGGGAGCUGUUGACCUGCCGUACAAUAUUUUGGAACGGCCCUAUGGGCAAAUUCGAGGUACCAGAAUUCUCGGCGGGUACGGUUGCCGUUGCAAGGACCUUGGACGAGGCAUCUCAAUCCGGAGCUGUGACGAUAAUCGGCGGCGGUGAUUCUGUCGCUGCGGUUACGGCCGCUGGACUGUCCACCCACAUCACCCAUAUUUCUACUGGUGGGGGUGCUUCACUGGAGCUCAUAGAAGGGAAGGGAAUGCCGGGACUCAGAACGCUACUGCGGACUGAAAGCCAAGAAGAACAAUGA